GCAGGGAGAUACUGGAUGUUACUUCUCACGGUGCUUUUAAAUAGCUGGCCGCUGAGCAGCUUCUCCUGGAGGAGCAGGCGAGGAGCUCUUGCAGCCUGCUGCGGCCCGUCUGCAAGGAGCUCGGCUGUCGCCGGGAGCUCAGGAUGCCUCCCGAGGCCGCUUAGACGUGCCCGGGGCACGGCUGGGAACCGGCUCUUCCGUCGAAUCUGGGCUGAGCAGCUUGCGGGCUGUUUCGUUGCAGGCGGCCCCAUGUCUCAGCUCCAGAGCUCGUGGGAAAUGCACCAGCAGAACAUGGCUUAUCUCCAAGAUACAGACAUGGAGACCGUGGCAGCUAGCACAUCGCUGCCCGACCCGGCCGGUGACUUCGACAGGAACGUGCCCCGCAUCUGCGGCGUCUGCGGGGACAGAGCCACCGGCUUUCACUUCAACGCCAUGACCUGCGAAGGCUGCAAGGGCUUCUUCAGGAGAAGCAUGAAGAGGAAGGCGAUGUUCACGUGCCCGUUCAACGGUGACUGCAAGAUCACCAAAGACAACCGGCGGCACUGCCAGGCCUGCCGGCUGAAGCGCUGCGUGGACAUCGGCAUGAUGAAGGAGUUCAUCCUGACGGAUGAGGAGGUGCAGAGGAAGCGCGAGAUGAUCCUGAAGCGCAAGGAGGAGGAAGCGCUCAAGGAGAGCCUGAAGCCCAAGCUCUCGGAGGAGCAGCAGAAAGUCAUCAACAUCCUCCUCGAGGCCCAUCGCAAGACCUACGACCCCACCUACUCCGACUUCACCAAGUUUCGGCCGCCCGUGAGAAGCAGCACCAGCAGCAGGGCAGCAACGCGGUCCUCCUCCAUCCUCACCCAGGACCUGUCGUCGGAGGACUCCACUGACCUCUUCGGCUCCGAUGCCUUCAACCCGUUUCCAGAGUCCGUGGAGCCCCAGAUGUUCUCGAACCUGGUCCUCUCCGAGGAGAACGACGAGAGCACCUCCAUGAACAUCGACCUCUCCCACCUCUCCAUGCUCCCGCACUUGGCCGACCUGGUCAGCUACAGCAUACAGAAGGUGAUCGGCUUUGCCAAAAUGAUCCCGGGAUUCAGGGAUCUGACCGCAGAGGACCAGAUCGCCCUGCUGAAAUCCAGCGUCAUUGAGGUGAUCAUGCUGCGCUCAAACCAGUCCUUCAGCCUGGAGGACAUGACGUGGACCUGCGGCAGCAACGACUUCAAGUACCGGAUCAGCGACGUCACCCAAGCCGGCCACAGCAUGGACCUGCUCGAGCCGCUGGUGAAGUUCCAGGUUAGCCUGAAGAAGCUGAACCUGCACGAAGAAGAGCACGUGCUCCUCAUGGCCAUCUGCAUCCUCUCCCCAGAUCGCCCCGGCGUGCAGGACACGUCGCUGGUGGAGUCGCUGCAGGAUCGCCUCUCGGAGAUCCUCCAGACCUACAUCCGCUGCCGGCACCCGCCGCCCGGCAGCCGCCUGCUCUACGCGAAGAUGAUCCAGAAGCUGGCCGACCUGCGGAGCCUGAACGAAGAGCACUCCAAGCAGUACCGCUGCCUCUCCUUCCAGCCCGAGCACAGCAUGCAGCUCACGCCGCUGGUGCUCGAGGUCUUCGGCAACGAGAUAUCCUGACUCCGCGCCUGGGCUUGAGCGCCCGCGAAUAAAGGGAUAAGUCAGCCCGGCUUCCCGGAGGCAGAGGGAUGCGACCCCGGGUGGGAGUUUGUACGUAGACAGUUUGAUUUCACACUACUGGCAGUUCUGCUUCGUUUUCUGCUCCGUGGCGGCUGGGUUUGCAGCGACAGACCCACUUCUGCGUUUGGUCCCUCUUCCCCCUCCGUGAAUGACGUUUCUGCUUGUCCGCCGUCUGCAAGAGCUGACUUAUCCCUUUAUGGACGUCUCGAGGCUGUCUUCGUGCCGGGCUGCCUCAAACCACUUCUUUCUGAACCAAAAGCUCGGGCUGCUUGGAAAUUUUUGAAAAAAAAACUCCGUGGUCACCCCGGCCACGGUAGGAGCUUUGGGCUCUGCAUCCCUGUUGCAUUGCCAGGCAAACCCGCUCCAGCGAGCUGCUGCGAGGCCAGAGAUGCGCCGGGGCUCAGCUCGGGCCCGGGGGGGUGGAUUUAUCCCAACCCCUCGGCAGGGAGAGCUGGAUGUGCCGUAAUUCCUGUUCCCAACACUACUGCCCGGCGAGGAGGGAGCGGAGUGCUGCUGAGGGAGCGGGGGGCUGUCACCGGCCCCGCUCGGAGCCAAACCUCCCCGGGGGGCGGAUUUGGGGCCGUGGCGGGAGCUGUGAUGGCACCGGCCGGGGACUGCGGGAGCCGAGCGCCCUCGGCGUGUCCCGGGAAGCAGGGGAAAGCCGUCCCGUUCCCGAUCCCCGCUCCGGCUGCUCCCGGGGCACAGCCUCGCCGCGGCCCCGGUGCGCUCGUGCCUUUGGACCCUGAGUCUCCGAGCAGGUGGCCUCUGCCACGGGAAUUCCUGGUGGAGAAUUCCAGCCGCAUCCCGCUUCCCGGGAUUCGCCUGCCCCGAAAGCGGCCAAGCGGAGCGGCCCGGCACCGCGGCCGGCAGGUCUCCGGGAUGGGGAAGGCCGGAGGCGGCGGCGCCGCGCGGCAUCAGGGGGGCCAGGAGGCUCCUGGUGAAUAAACCUGAUGUGGGGGGAAA